AUGGAAUUCUUGACAAUCCCCCCAACCCCUCCGGGGCCUCCAGCCAUGGACUUGGAGGAGCCCAGGGAUACGCUUGCGCCCUCUCAGGACCUCGCCCCUGUCUGCCCGUGGGACCCGGUCCUGGGAGCCCCCAGCGGUCUGAAUCCGAUGGAUUUUGACGGGUCAGGAGUCCAGGACCUGGUGCAACGGUUUGAGGCUCUGCCGGGUGAUCUGGGGGGUCUGUUUUCAGAGGGAGCCCCCUGCCCCCUGCACAUCGCCACUGGCCACGGCCUCCCCCCGCAGGACAUCGCCGACGCCCACGGGCUCCUGUCCGCUGAGGCCGAACGUGGUGACUUGCUUAGCCUUUUGUGCCGUGAUGAGUGCCUGCCAUCCCAGCCUUGUCCCCAGGGGUCUCCGGAGCCUGCUCCUCGCCUGCUGCAGCCCCCGGACGACCCAGACGAGGACACGAGCCUUCCAGAAUGGGCAGAGGGAGCCUCUGCCGGGCAGGACGGCAGCAGGAGCUCAGACAGCUCUCCAGAGCCCUGGCUGGAGACCGUGCCUCUGGUUCGGCCAGAAGAGCCACCUGCCACCGCCCAGUGUCCCAAGACCCUGGCUUCAUACCCUGCCCGCCAGGAGGUACCCGGUCCCUGUGACCACGAAGACCUCCUAGAUGGUGUCAUAUUUGGGGCCAAGUACUUGGGCUCCACUCAGCUGGUGUCCGAGCGGAACCCACCCCCCAGCACACGCAUGGCCCAGGCCCAGGAGGCAAUGGAUCGCGUCAAGGCCCCCGCCGGGGAGACGCAGCCCAUGACAGAAGUGGAUCUCUUCAUCUCCACUAAGCGGAUCAAGGUUCUGACAGCCGACACCCAGGAGGCCAUGAUGGACCAUGCCCUGCAGACCAUCUCCUACAUCGCCGACAUCGGCAGCAUGCUGGUGCUCAUGGCCCGGCGGCGCGUGGCCCGGCGGCCGACACCCCAUGACCACAGCCGCCGACUCUGCAAAAUGAUCUGCCACGUCUUCCACUCUGAGGAUGCCCAGCUCAUCGCGCAGGCCAUUGGGCAGGCUUUUGCCGUGGCCUACAGCCAGUUCCUGCAGGAGAGCGGCAUCGACCCCAGCCAGGUGGACGCUCGGCAGAGCCAGGGGGCUGAGGGGCCCGGCCACCUCCACAACGGGGACCUCGCCCACUUCUCCAACAGCGAGAACUGCCGGGAGGUGCGCAUCGAGAAGCGCCGGGGAGAGGGCCUGGGCGUGGCCCUGGUGGAGUCGGGAUGGGGCUCCCUGCUGCCCACGGCCGUCAUCGCCAACCUGCAGCACGGGGGCCCCGCCGAGCGCUCGGGGGCGCUCAGCAUCGGGGACCGCCUCACCGCUAUCAACGGAGCCAGCCUGGUGGGGCUGCCCCUGCCUGCCUGCCAGGCCGCCGUCCGCGAGGUGAGGCCGCAGACGUCCGUGACCCUCAGCAUCGUCCACUGUCCCCCGGUCACCACCGCCAUCAUCCACCGGCCCCAUGCCCGCGAGCAGCUGGGCUUCUGCGUGGAGGACGGCAUCAUCUGCAGCCUCCUCCGCGGGGGCAUCGCCGAGCGCGGGGGUGUCCGCGUGGGACACCGCAUCAUUGAGAUCAACGGGCAGAGUGUGGUGGCUACGCCGCACGCCCGCAUCAUCGAGCUGCUCACUGAGGCCCACAGCGAGGUCCACAUCAAGACGAUGCCGGCCGCCACCUACCGCCUGCUCACCGGCCAGGAGCAGCCUGUGUACCUGUGA